CCCUAAAUAGACCUCUCUGAAAAGGGUUUUAUCUAGCACCAAAAAGGGUUCCCCUAGGGGGAAAAACCGAACAACUCUAUGUGGUUCUAUUUAGCGUCUUUCUUUUCUAAGAGUGUAGCCAGCCUAUUUGUUGGUGAAUGUAAUCUCAUGCAAGAAAAUGGACAGUGUUGCUUGAAUUGCAAAAAGAGGGAGAAUACGUUUAAGAACCCAUUGAGCUAUAGUUUACUUCCAGAUAGGUUGAAAAUAUCGGCAAAAUGUUCUAACAGUUUGGAUUUCAAACUCAUGCCGUUGCUUGAGAUUAUUGCAUUGACCAUCUGAGAUUCAAUGCCAUCGGGUUUGCGGUGAAACAUCGAGAGCGCAGGCGCACCAGGACAAACUCGUAGCCUGCGGAGCUGCUUUAGCUCUGUGAUAAAGAAUCUACAGCAAACCAGCCUCGGUGCAUUGUUACCAUGAGCUUCUUCACCCCACAGACUCUUACUUAUCUAGACUAUUUCACUUUUGCGACCAGCUUUCAUAAAGCUUGAAGCCCCGAACGACACCUCCUGACCACAGAAUGCACGGGGGAAAAAGAGGUUUGGUGGCACCUCAGAACACUUUUUUGGAGAACAUUGUCCGGCGCUCAAGUGAAACAAGUUUCCUGUUGGGGAAUGCCCAGAUAGUGGAAUGGCCAGUAGUAUACAGUAAUGACGGGUUUUGUAAGCUGUCGGGGUACCACAGGGCAGAAGUCAUGCAAAGGAGCAGCACAUGCAGUUUCAUGUAUGGGGACCUGACAGACAAGAACACAAUAGAUGAAGUCAGGCAGACCUUUGAUAACUAUGAAUCACAUUGCUUUGAAGUGCUGCUCUAUAAGAAGAACAGGACACCCAUAUGGCUCUACAUGCAGGUGGCUCCCAUCAGGAACGAGAACGACAAGGUGGUUCUGUUCCUGUGUACCUUCAAAGACAUAACUGUCUUCAAGCAGCCUAUAGAGGAUGAAUCCACCAAGGGAUGGAACAAGUUUGCCCGGCUGACCCGGGCACUGACCAGCAACAGCCGCAGCAACAUGCAGCAGCUGACGCCCAUGAACCAAGUCAACGAGGUCAGCCACAAGCACUCCAGACUGGCUGAGGCUCUACAGCUGGGCUCGGACAUUCUCCCCCAGUACAAGCAGGAGGCGCCCAAGACGCCGCCCCACAUCAUCCUCCAUUACUGCACCUUUAAAACCACCUGGGACUGGGUCAUCCUCAUCCUCACCUUCUACACAGCCAUCAUGGUGCCCUACAAUGUCUCUUUCAAGACCAAGCAGAACAAUUUGGCCUGGCUCGUGCUGGACAGCGUGGUAGAUGUCAUCUUCCUUGUGGACAUUGUGCUCAACUUCCACACCACCUUCGUUGGGCCUGGUGGAGAGGUCAUUUCGGACCCGAAGCUGAUUCGAAUGAACUACCUGAAGACCUGGUUCGUCAUUGACCUGCUGUCCUGCCUGCCCUACGACAUCAUCAAUGCCUUUGAAAACGUAAAUGAGGAUUCCAUCUCAGACUCUUUGGCAGUGGGGCACCUGCGAGAGUCAUCCAGUUCGCAGAGGAACGCCACGAGGGCAGAAGACUCAGUUCUCCCAGGCCUCAGCAGCCUCUUCAGCUCGCUGAAGGUGGUCCGACUUCUCCGCUUGGGCCGCGUGGCCCGGAAGCUUGACCAUUACCUGGAGUACGGGGCGGCGGUCUUGGUUCUACUGGUGUGUGUCUUCGGCCUGGUGGCUCACUGGCUGGCCUGCAUCUGGUACAGCAUUGGGGACUACGAGGUCAUUGACGAAGCCACCAACACAAUCAAGACAGACAGCUGGCUCUACCAGUUGGCCACGAGCAUUGGCUCACCCUACCGCUACAACGCCAGCGGCUCUGGCCAGUGGGAGGGUGGCCCAAGCAAGGACACACUCUACAUCUCCUCUCUCUACUUCACCAUGACCAGUCUCACCACCAUCGGCUUUGGCAACAUCGCUCCCACAACAGACGGCGAGAAGAUCUUCUCUGUGGCGAUGAUGAUGGUGGGCUCCCUACUGUAUGCCACCAUUUUUGGGAACGUCACCACCAUCUUCCAGCAGAUGUACACCAACACUAACCGCUACCACGAGAUGCUCAACAAUGUGCGUGACUUUCUCAAACUUUACCAGGUGCCAAAGGGACUGAGCGAGAGGGUCAUGGAUUACAUCGUCUCUACUUGGGCCAUGUCCAAGGGCAUUGACACAGAUAGGGUCCUGUCAAUCUGUCCCAAAGAUAUGCGAGCAGACAUCUGUGUCCACCUUAAUAGACAGGUGUUCAAUGAGCACCCAGCAUUUCGACUGGCCAGUGAUGGCUGCUUGCGCUCUCUAGCGGUUGAGUUCCAAACCACACACUGCGCCCCAGGGGACCUCAUAUUCCACGCUGGCGAAAGUGUUGACACCCUUUGCUUUGUAGUAUCCGGGUCAUUGGAAGUUAUUCAGGACGACGAGGUCAUCGCCAUUCUAGGUAAGGGAGAUGUGUUUGGGGAUGUCUUCUGGAAGGAAGCUAAUCUGGCACAUGCUUGUGCCAAUGUGCGGGCUCUCACCUACUGCGACUUGCACGUAAUUCGGAGAGAUGCUCUGCUGAAGGUGUUGGAGUUCUACACGGCUUUUGCCAACACAUUCUCCCGCAACCUAAUUCUCACCUGCAAUUUGCGCAAACGGAUAAUCUUCCGAAAGAUCGCCGAUGUGAAGAAGGAGGAGGAAGAGCGCCGGCAGCAGAAGAAUGAAGUAAUGCUCUCCAUUCCUAUUGACCACCCGGUUCGCAAGCUCUUCCAGAAGUUCAAGCAGCAGAAAGAGAUUCGCAUGCCAAUCCAAGCUCAGCCUGACCUGGAGCGCAACCGGCUUCAGGUUGAGCACCACCACCCCCUUACCAAUCUCCCACACCAACAAUGUCAGACUCACCCCUUGCAGCACCAAAAUGGCUCCCCGAUGCAGAAUGGGGCACCUGGCACAGGUGGAGGGACUACCAGCAGUGGAUCCAGUGUAGUUACUGUCUCCCAGAUCACCCCGUUGCAGAGUUCACUGGCCUAUGUCCACAUUGGGGAGCCCAUUCACACUGGUUGUCACGAGGUCAAGGAGCUGAAGCCCAGUGUGGUGGACCAGAACUGCCUGAGGGUCACCAGUCUGGUACGGCCCAGGGGUGGAGGUGGUGGUCAAGGCUGGAUGAGGUUUAAGAAUGCUACAGUAGUAGUGCCACUGGCCCCCGAUGAACUUGAAGGGCCACAGCAGAAAGAAGAGGAGGAAUGGGGUAAUGUGUCCCAAUCCUCAGAACAGUUGACUGAUGACAGCAAGAGCCAGGAGGCAGAAGGUGGGGAGAGCAGCAGCGGGGGUGGCGUCAGCAGCACAGGAGAGGGGGGCGACGAGAAGAGCGCACUCCACAAGACAGACUCCUGCGACAGUGGCAUUACCAAGAGUGAUCUUCGGAUCGACAGGGCAGGGGACGCACCAAGCCCCUAUGAGCGGAGUCCAAUGGGGAGAAGUUCUUUUGAACACAGCCUCGGGGUUGGGAGUGUGGGUGUGCUUGGCCACCCCUUCCAACCCAUGUCUGAACAGGUGCUGCUCCAGUCCACUCUCCAGGAGGCCAAGCUGGAGCUGAAGGGAGAUAUCCAGAUGCUGAGUGGCCGUUUAUCAACACUUGAAGCCCAAGUUAGUGAGAUCCUCAGAUUGCUGUCUGAGAAGAGGAGGCUCUCACUGCCACAGACCUCUACCCCCAAGGCUAAGAUCAAAUGCCAGGACAUCUUCACCGUGUCAAGACCUGUCACACCGGACAUUGAGAGAGACAAUGGACCUUUUUGAAUGACAAAAAAACAUUGAUGUAUUUAUUUGCGCCAACUUCCGUGCCCAAUCUUUUUCUUUAAUGGACAAGUUGAGGAAACUGGACACAGAAUUUAGGUGGGAAAUUGUUUUAGUGUAAAUAACCAUUUGCAUGUCCAGCUGGAUUCUGGCCUGCCAAAGAUAUUUUAAAGAAACCUUUGGAUUGCAAUUGCUUGUACAUUUAUGCAGUUGACUGCAUGCAUAAAUUAUUUAAAGAUACAGAUUUUUCACUGUACAGUAUCUUCAGUACAGUAGCACAGGGAUUUAACCGUUUUUGACUUUGUUGAUGUACUUUCACAUUGAGUCUGCUCUUCCCAGAUCCAGUCUAUAGACCUUCUAUACCGAGCACAAACAGCAGUAAAGCAGUAAAGAGAUUUGUAAGAGCUUGGGUCACAUAAACAAACAUGUUACCGAAAAAAACUUUCCUCAUUUAGCAACUUCCCUCAUUUAGGUUAAUCAUGGUUAAUCUUUAGUUAGCAUUUGAAUCGGAAAUUAAAGAUUUCCAUUUUGUUGACUUAUUUUUGUGUUGGCAGCCCUGGAUUUAAGGGUUGUUGUGAUCACCCCAUACAGAAGCAAUCUGUCAAUAUAAUAAUGAACAAUCUGACAAUAAGAAUCAGACAGAAGGCCCCCUAGUAGUUCAGAAGGUUGUAAAUCACUGAUUCAUAUCGUGAUCCACUAGUAGGUCAGAAGAUUGAAAAUCACUGAUUCAUAUUGUGAUUGCAAAGUGCAAUGCUUAGAGUAGUCAAUAAUCAUCUUGUAGACUUCCUGGUUGUUAUUACACAACUUUAUAAGAUCUAAAGCUGUUUUAUUGAUCAGAUGUUCAACCUGACUGUACCGAUUGACAGAAGGUUGGUUACCAGUGUGGUCCCAAAACAAAGAAAUGCUUGAUACACAGGUAUAGUCUAACACUACAAACCUGUAUUGAUAAGAUCUAAAGCUGUUGUAAUUGAUCAAAUAUUCAGUACAUCAAUGCAGACUGACAUGAAAACAGGCCCUGUUUAGGCAAAUAGCCUCUGUGACUGUCUAAUUGACAGAAUCAGAAUCACCUUUAUUCGCAAAAAAAUAAAUUUUGCUGUGGAAAACUUGAUCCAAAGAUUAAGGCAGAGAUGAUUUAAUGAUAUAAUAGAACAAUAUUUAAUCAAACAGCUGCAAGGGAGAUGUAUCUCUGAUUUCACAGGGAAGAACUCAAAGAGUAAAUGGUUUCCAUGUCCAUUAUAUAGUGGGAGGUGAAUAAACAGAAUAUGCAGGCAGACAAACAGAAUAUACUGUAUGUACGUACACUAUGAACAAUGAAGCUAAAAACUACAGACUACACUAUAAAACUACAAGCACAUUAUACAGUGCCUUGCGAAAGUAUUCGGCCCCCUUGAACUUUGCGACC